CCCCUUUGGUUCCCCUCCGUUGUGCGGGACGUGAAGAGGAAGAGAGAGACAGAGAGAGAGAGAGCGAGAGAGAGAGGAAGGAAGCCAGAGAUCUGAGAACGGUAUGGACGGGGGAAUAUGAUCGACGUUCACGUAAGUCAGCGAAGGAAAAAAUGGCUCCAAAUGUCCCUCGAAUUAAUCGACCGCUCGAGUCAAUGCAACUCCAACAGAAUGAAUUGCACUCGACGGAGGAGAAUGUGGAGCAGUUCAGAAGUGUUUGAGCCUUAUAUCUGCUCGAGUGCUCCUCGCAUCCCGCUUCCCUAUCUGCUCUAACUCCAGUCUAAUUACAAAGCCGAUCUCUUUCUCGGGAGAGAUCUUGGAGCAGUUUUUGAGGAAAUUUGUGUCUUGGCUUGUGAGGCCAGGAGGCGGAGGAAGAAUCCAUCGCAGACAUGAGUAAUUCGGGUUUGCAUUGUACGCACGGCGAGUGACGGUUGUAGUCUUCGGACGAGCGAUUUCAAGACUUCGAAUGAUCUUCGGUUCUCAAAACUCGAUUCCUCCGUUACGUCGAGAACGCUUUGAUGCUCGAUACUUCCUUGAAUUCGUGUACGUUCUAAUCCCCACCGCCCUCAACAGAUAGAGGUCGGUUGUGCUCACCGCAUUACAUUACAUCAGUCGAUCGGUUUGUUUCUUCUGGGCGACCUUGUUAUCUAUCCCAAGGAUUGGAGCAGUGGAUCGUUUGUCUCGGCCGUGACUUUUUGCGAGCCCUUCAGCUGAAUUAGAAACCUUGUCACAUAACAACAAGAAGGCUCCACUUCGUAUCGAGUUUCGAUGUCUAUCAGAGAAAGAGACGAAUCAGCAGACGGGGGAUCACCACGACACGACCUCCAGUAUUUAUCUCUAAAUAACGAUUGUCAUGAACGCGCUGAGUGCCCGAAGCCAACUCAUCAACGCCAAUCUCAGGAAUUGGGUCCAAGAGAGCUUCAAGAACUUGAAGGCUUGGAGAAGUACGGGCUCGAGACGCCGCAGUCCCAAGGCAGAAGCCCCUUGCCCGCGAGCAACAACGACAGUCAACAGAUUCAUAACCUGUUGGACCCGAGUCCGGGCAACGGGCUCAGGCAUGGGCUUGCUCUGCCGCAGUACAAAAACAAAAGAACCCCGUACGCGAGUCACCUCGACAGUUACCAGAUUCAUAACCUGCUGAAUCCAACCCGAGGCAUCAGAGAUGAAAUGCGAAGGAGGGGUAUCACACCCCGAAACCAUCAUAAAGCAAACGUGGCGGCCAUUGCUACAACCAGUGCGAAGCUUCACAAUAUCAGAAAUGGAAUCGCCGAGGUUGACCCGCCAGACGGCAGAACCAGCCGACUGAGAAACUCCAGGAGCGAUCUUCCAGACGUGUAUGGUCGUGGAGAACGCUGCGAAACUCCAGAUAAUGCCUCGGUCAUGACUUCGACCACCCAACAGUCGAAGGGCAAAAAGAACUCUCUGAGGAUUGACUAUAUGGCCAGAAACAUCGAUGGCCUUGCAACAGCUGCUGCUGCUGGCAGAAGAAAAAUGAGUGCGAAUGUUGCAGAACAAAAGCCUAGUCAUGAAAACUAUGGCAGAGUACCAGCUUAUUUGUCACGGAGGAAGCUUGAGCUGGAAGAAGACAGAGAAAGAAGGGUGCAAGAGGCGAAAGAAAAGCAUCUGCCACCUGGUUUGGUAUUGAUGAAAAAUGAAGAAAGGCUGGAGGUUCUCAAAACACUGGAAGACAAUCGAGACAAAUUGGUAAACAAGUUGUCUGGCAUGCCAUUGGUGGUCGAGACUCCAACUCAGAUCCGUAGCAAAGGGGACUUAGAUGCACAAUUGAAAGAAGUGGAAGACUCCAUAAAAAGAUUUUCUCGGCAAAGGGUUUACAUUCGUUACAGCCAAUAGUACGAGGAGAAACAUUGCGGGAAAACGGGGAAGGGGUCCAUAAUUGUGCUCUUGAAUAUAUGUAUUCUGUUUCUCUUUGUGAAAGUAGUUACAUAAAAAUUAUUUAUUCAUUUUGACAGUAUUUGAGCCGAAUGUGCCGUGUAAGUGAGGUGGUAAUCACAACUCGAAUACUGAGUCGAAUCAGUAAAGUAUCUGCUUCUUUUGUUU